AUGCCACAGCAGCAGCAAACAGAGCUGCAGCAGCUUAUUGAACUGCUGUCCGGGGAAGAGGAAGAAUUGAUUCAAGCCUUCAUCAAAAGUUUUGGCGGAAGUGGUGCCCAACGGCAUCUCGAGCGCUUGCAGAGUCUUCUAGAGAAAUCUCCAUAUCCGAUACUCCAAAUUUUGAACUUGCUAUAUAAUCAGUCCAAAUUUUACAUAGGACGCAUUGUUAGUGGGGCGUUGAAACAUAUGCUGGAUCACAAUGACACAUUCACCACAACUCCUCUUUGGACUCGUUUCCUCAGCGUACUAGCAAACGUUCCACAACAGAUAUUGGAAGCGGCACAAUUAGAACAAAGUCUAAUCGCACAUCUUGUGAAUGAUGCAUUGUGCAACAAUGAGUAUUUGAUACUGACAUUAUUGGCUCGAGAAGAUCCGCACUUAUUAAACACAGUUUUGCACAAGCAACAGCAACAGCUGAAAAUUGUGGGCACCAACUCAGCGCCUACAAGUCAGUUGGUGUUAAAUCUGGCUCUCAAACACCGAGAGCACUUUGUACCUAGGGUGUGUCAACAGUUGAAGAAUUUCGAAUGUAUUCACGAUCGGACAUUACGAAAUACUCUACUAAUUCUGCGAAUAGCCAACGAAUUUGCCCUGAGCUCGCAGACGUUAGACGAGUUGGCUGAGCUGGAUCAACCACUAGCCGCCUUUGAUGUAGCUGCAGUGCCCGCCGAGCUGCAGCCAGUGCACCAGUUCUUCUUCGCAGACUUCCAACGUAUUUGUUUGAUACUCAAGUUUUUGAAGCAACAGCAAGAUGGAAAUGCCUUCAAGACAAUCAAAGUGGACUCACUGCUUCGGGCACCGGGCGUGCUUUCUUUGAUCUAUGAACAUGGCAUCGAAUGUGAUAACGAGCAAGUGUUUCAGCUCAUUGAGCAAACUUACAAAUGGCAACAACAGACACCAGCACUCAAGAACGUACGUAUUGAGGAGCUGGAAACGUGGAGCUAUUAUACAGCCCUAUGUCAUGUCUACAAUGUGAUAUUGGGGUCACACGAAUCCUCGGUGAGGGACCAGUUGUUGUUGCUCUCCACCCAGCUGCGUCAGCUACGCGAACUGGUUACACUUUCCUCACUACUAGAGGACAUAUUCCAACUUGUUUUCUUGCGCUGGGAACAGCUGCAAAAUACAAACCAAUCUGAGUGCGACCAUGAUGAUGAGCAGUAUGUGGACGAUGAUGCGACACCUCCACGCUCUUCCAGUGUCAGCAAUGCGCAGAGACGACGCUACGGCUUCAUUUGCCGAGGCCCGGCUCUUUUUGCAUUGUUUAGCUAUCUGAAAGGAUUUGUGACUAAGAAGCUGCACACUCAGGACUUCAAGUACGCCACAGAAGAGCAACAGCAGCGCUUUCAACGUUUAGUGGAUGCCAUCAGUGAGGCGCUUUGGAAGUACAGUGUUCUACAAAAGAUUGAGCAAUCAUUGACAAAAGCAACGCCGGCUACGGGCUGCCGCUUUGAGCCUGAACAGAUAUUGCAGCUAAUUCAAUUGCAUAGUCACUUGCGUGAGAAAGCAUCCAGUGAUGAUGAGAGCAGGGAGCGCAUCUUCCACGCAUGCAGUCUAACAAGGCGAAAGUCACGCAAGCAGAGACGAGCGGCCAGCUUUAGUGGAGCGGCACGUCGCAGGUCAUCUGAGACGCUGACUCUGGAACAGUGUUACGCUCGUGCCCAGCAGCUGCUGUCGAAUGAAAGUGCAGGCAACUUGGAGCCGCAGAACUCCGUCACGCAGCCAGUGGAACGCUCCAUUAUACCAAAGAUGCUUAGCACGCCCGAACAGUUGGCGAUCAUGGCGCUGGCUCUGAAGAACUUUAAUGAUGUUAAAUACAUCAUUGAGACUUUUCAUCUACAGCACACGCAGCUGAGUCGCGAGCUGCAGUUCAUGGAGCAUCAGCAGUUGAUCAAACAAAAGUUGGCUAACAUCUAUGCAAACUAUGAGACCUUGGCUGUUGAGACCAGUUCCACCAGCAGCAACGCCACGACCACAGUGGAGCAAAUCAAAAGUGUGGCCGCCAAAGGCUUUGAGCUAUCCAAGAUCAUCAGCGUGGUGGACAAUUUUGCACAGUCGCAGAAGCUGCAACACAGCGCUGAAUUAAAAACACUUUUGCAACGUCACUGCACAAAUGGUCAAUAUGGUUUCCUACAACAGUUCCAGGAGCGCAACAUCAACGCCCUGAUUGUCUUCGAUUUGAUUAUAAAUCUGCGCUUUAAUCGCGAAAUUACGUGCAAUCUACUGCUGGUUAUACGACGUCAGCAGCAGCAGCUGCAACAGCAGCCAUCAACGAUAAAUAGACCAUGUGAGCCCAGUGCGAGGGAAAUCGGCGCCAUGUACUUAUUGGAAAAUCUCUGCGAGUGCAUGCGUCUCCUGGACCGCGCUGGUCGCCAAUCGGCACUUAAUGACCUGCUCUGCCGGCACAGCUAUGCAUUGAGGCCAGCAGCCUUGGCGUUGCAACUUCAGCGGGAAUCCGCCUUUAGAACGCUCUAUCAGAAGGCCUCGUCGGAUUAUGCUCAUUCUCAAGAACUGCGCGCCCAUUCCGCACUCUUUCAGCAGCUCAAAUCGCGACAGAAUUACUACGCCCGCUUCUGCAGUUAUGUGCAGCAGCUGACACGUCUUCUCCAAUUGCGCGAUCCCAAUAUAGAGUAUCACAACACGCAGCUGUUGCGUCACGAUCCCUAUCAAAUCAUUGGCGAGCUGAUUUACGAAUGCGACAUCACUCCACUGGAGAUUGAAGGAAAUGUGGCUGCACUGCAUCUGAAUCUCGUGCAUGUUAUCGCUCUCAACAUUUGUCCACAGUUGAUGGAUGGCGGAGGCAAACCGUUGUCACGUUCAGUAUCACCGCAAAAGCAGGAAUCGAUCCACAACUAUAUUUCGCAACACAAUCAGUUGCUCGCGCAACUACUGCAGGCGGUGCAGCUGAAUGCACUGCCAGAGAUUAGCGAAUCCGAGGCGGGCUUGCACUUUGAGUGUCUUCGGCAUUUGAUGCAACUGCCUGAAAUCGAGACGCUCGCGCAUAUGCAUCAAGGAAAUCUUGUUAUGGCUGCUCUGCAUGCCUACAAAGUGGACAGUGCUACAUUGGCGCGAUCGGGGCUUGGCAAUGAGCAACAGCUAGAAAUUCUUUUGCUGGGCAUUGGCGGACAGGGUGAACCAGAUUACAAACUGAGGACACGGAUAGACAGCUUAAUAAGUGAACUGAUUGCAGAAGAUGCUCGACACAUACAGCUGGCUUCGUAUAUGCAGGAUCUGGGGCAGCGAGCGCUGCUGCUGCAUCAGCAUUUCACUAAAAUCUCCAGCAGCCAAUUAGCGAAAGAGCUAAUCGAGCACACGCUGGAGCAUCGGGCAGCAGCACUGGCUAUUCCGCUCAAGCUGCGCACUCAACUGGAGCAUACACUAUCGGAUAUUACGAUAUAUGCAAGAGUAUCUGCUCUCCUUAAUUUUGAGAGUUGGCCGCAGGCUUACGAUUUUGGACGCCAAACUCCAAACGUCAUCUUUGAGCAGCUGCUCCAGGGGCGGCAUUUUGAGCUGUGUCAUGACUGGUGCCGCAUGGUGCAGCUGGCGGACGCAGCUGGGCAGCAGCGUGUCUGCUUACUUUCAUUACUUGAUGCAUUCCUAGAGCUGGGCGAUGAAGAUGAAUUGGACACACAUCUGUUACGCAUUGCGGAGCUGUUUCCAGCCAGCGUGCUAGUUAACUUUCUGGAUACACAUAAAGACAAGAUGCGUUCGUUGCCUCUACUCCAAUGGUUGGUUGACUACUUGGAGGCAAACGCACGUGAUGCGCGUCCAUAUCUCAACUAUCAAUUCUCACUGGAGCUUUUACGGCAAUUGCCAGCCGAUGAGCGACAGCAUUUCUGGCCACUCUUACGCUUUCCUUUGCUGAUUAUCGAGCAGCUGGUCAUGAAUACGCGCUUUGAACUGCUCAGCAAGCUGCUGGAACCGGCACGUGCCAAACUGCUGCAGCGCAUGCCCUCGGGACCCUGUAGCUACUGCUUUGAAAAGCGUGGCCAUGCCUAUGAUGUCCAUAGCAGUGGCACCACCACAGGCAAAAGCGGAGGCAAGUUGCGCUUCCAGUUGGGUCAGACCAAUUCGGAGGCUUUCAUACUGCUCAAUUUUAAUUCUUAUCAGCAAGAUCAUGUGGUCAGCAAUGAUUGCUUGGAUUUGUUGCUGCGCAUUUAUGCCAGCAAGGCACUCGACUAUCAGAUAGCCAAUGUACGAAAUGGAGUCGGAUCAGAGGCCGGCUCCUUGGGCACCGACGUCCAAAAUUCUCUCGACUCACUGUGUGGAGCCUUCAAAAUUCCUCCACAGGCGCCAACUCGAGACGAGUGGAUUCCGGAUGAAAGUGCCACCCAUUGCAUGUGCUGCCGCCGAUCCGCGUUCACAAUGCUGAUGCGUCGCCAUCAUUGUCGUCGUUGUGGCCGAGUUGUUUGCUAUGCCUGCUCCACACAACGUAUGGCCAUUCCAGAGAUGUACGGCGAUGUGGAGGUACGCGUCUGUAAUGAUUGCUAUAAACCUGUCCUUGCCGAGAAACCGAUAAACAUUCAAAACGAAACUCAUCCGAUCAUUCCACGUUCCACGAGUUCAUCGUACGCCUAUAAGUGGCUUCUGAGUGGCAUCAUUACUCACGACAAAUUGCUGCGCGAGGAGUUCUGCUAUGAACAUGCACCUAGUGUAGCGCUCUGUCUAUCCAUAUUGCGACAUCAUUUGGAUCAGCGGCAAUGCGUGGACCUGUUGCUAUUUCACUGUCGUAAACUGGAGAAGCUCAUAGUGCCCAAUCCAGAGGUUGACUAUGACCUUGUCGCCAAAAUGAUGAACUGUCUGGCAUUGGCAGCGAAAGUCCGGGGUGCUCCAGCUGAGUUCGAGACCAUACGUGAACACUCGGAGAUUAUCAUGGCCGUCGUACAGCAGGGCUGCGAGUCGCUCAUACCCGCAGGGCCACUGAAUGAUCAUAGUUUGCGUCAAUUGGGCGAUGCUCUAAUCGAGGCAGAGCAUUGGAAAUUAGCUUUGGAUGUGCACCUUAAAUGGGGAUUUGCUACCACUGGUGUGAUGGCUGCCCAUGGGCUGGCUUCCUUACGCGCCGGCUGCUAUGAUUCAGCACGUGAAAAGUUUGCGCAUUGCAUGACUCGUCUGUCCACAGAGGAGCAAAACAGUUGCAUAUACAAACAUAUUUUCGGAAAGGAAUUAAAGGCACCAGCAUCGUUACCACUUGACAAAACUAAAAAGCGUCCGCAGCGUGGACCUGCCCUGCUACAGGAAAUUCUUCAGCUGAUUGCAACAAUGCCCCAAGCGCAGCCACAGCCAGAGACCCUGCAGCGUGCAUCCCUCAUACGCAACUCGAAUACCUCGCUGGCCUCGCUCUUCUCGCGGCGCCGAGAGCCGUACGUGGUGCAGACGCCAUUACGAGAACCAGCCCUUAAUGUGAUUAAUGCAUUGGCUAAUUUGAAGCACAUUGCCAAGGGUCAAUACGGAGAGCCGACUGUGCGGAAUAGCAUCGAGGCUAAUCGUCAGUCACGCGCCUUUGAAGAAUCACUGCAUUAUGUGUUUACUUAUGGAAGUCACACGGACAUUCUUCAGUUCUUAAUGCAGCGUGAUGAGCUGCGCGCAGCCUUGCGCUACUGGCAGAUGCAACAGCUGGAAUCAGAUCUCUUCAUACAACAAAUAUUCCAGGUAUCCCUGGCCGGAGGUCGUCUACCAGCGCUAAUUGAGGAACUGCAGGGGCUUGAUUCCGAUACUCAUUUAAGUGCGUGGCGCGUGCCGCUGUUACAGACGUGCCGAUACCUGGAGCAGCAGCAACAGCUCAAUUCGCUGUACCAGUUGCAACUACUGCUGAAGGAUGCGGUUCGCGCGAGCAUGACUUGCGUGAAGUUUUAUCCCCUGCACUGUGAUAACUUUCAAAAGUUGCACGCCAAUGCGCAGCAUUUAAUGUCAGCACACAUGCACCUCCAGGGUGAACUCGAUUUGGCACAGUGGGAGCAUCUUCAGCGUGAGCAGCAACGAGCAGGUAGCAGACGUGCCAGCGUUGUCAGCUGCAAUACGAGCAGCACUUGCUUUGCUAUGCAACUGGAUGCACGUAGUUUGAAUGGCCACAUCAAUACGAUACGACGCCAACUAGAACUGGCCAAGUUUUUGGCGCAGUGUGAGAGGGAGCAACCGCCAGUGAAUGGAAUGCUGUGCACCUUACAAAUAUUGAAACAGAUCCGGCCAGAGGCUCCUCGCGGCACCUUGCCCACAUUGUUUGAUGGCUCUGCCGACAAGAUUCAGCUGUGCAUUCUAGUAUUGCUAUGCGGCAAGAACAUCGAUGAGGGCUUUGGCCUAGCCUAUGGCAUCAUGCAGGACUAUAAGUUGGCACCAAUGAAAGUGUUCGGCGCUACGGCGAAUUAUUUGGCGAAAAAUCAACGCCUGAGCGAGGUGGAGCGUCUGUUGGACUGCAUAGCUAGCAACAAUGGCAGCAGCAGCAGUACCAGCUCGGACUCGGAUGAGCUUCUUUCGAUUGCUGUCAAUGCUGCUGUGCACAGCAACGAGCCAGAGACGAAGCAUGUAUUGGAUAAAUUGAUCAAGCGCAUCGGAAAUGUGGAGCUGCGCAUAUCUUCAUACAUGUUUAUUGGUCAACUUAAGUCAGCCUACUUGUUGGCCAACAAACACGAUCGCCUUGCAGACAUACGCAAGAUCUUAAGGCAAGCGGAGAUGACGAACCAAAUACAUAUUAAGAAGCUGUGUGAGAAAAAACUAAAUAUUAAUUCAACUCCAAUGUCGCCAACGCCACUGUGAUACAAAUAAUCAGGCAAUAUAUAAAGUCUAAUUUUGGUAGAUUAAUUUUAUAAAA